AUGUCGGAGGAAGCACAAGAGGCGUUGUCCCAACUGGGAGACCGCCUAGGUCUCGAGACCAGCGACACGGAAAAGAUUUUCCACGGUGUCGUUGAGGAGCGGCUCAGGGAAAUGAUGAUUCCCGUCCGAGACGCCUGGGAAGAGGCUACUUACACGAAAGAGGCACUGCUGCAGCUUAACAAGGAACGUGGCAAGGAUCUCGGGGAUGAUCCGACAGCCGAUGGCACCGGAGCCGAGCUUGGAAUUAAGGACAGUCCUCCGUUGGAAGGCGUGCGUGGCUUCAAGCUCAUGGAGGAACUCACGAAGGUGGCGGACUUCUACACGAACAACAAGGUCCUGAAGGACGAUGCCGUGGACAGCUCCUCAGAUGACGAGGAUGCGUGGGCAGCUGCGUAUCCUGUUCAAGUCGGCAAGUGGAUAGAGGACAAGAACAAGGAGGAGAUGUACGGCAUCUUCGUGUGGAAUGCGAUAACCUGCCAGGUAGGUGAUGAUAUCGUGAAGGGCACCAGCCAGUGGAAGGGCAUCCGGGUGACAGUGAAGCUGACAAUCCAGAACCGGGCAGCCAAAGUCGACGUGGAGCCGAAUGCCACCAGCCUUGUGAUCAAGGCUUUGAAGGAGCCACUCCGUGAUCGUAAGAAGACCAAGAACAUCAAACACAGCGGAAACCUGACCAAGAACGUGUUCCUGGACAUUUGCCGACAGAUGCGAAAGAAGAGCUUGGCCAAGGAGUUCAAGGGCACCGCCAAGGAAAUCCUUGGCACCUGCUUCGCUGUGGGUUGCACCGUCGACGGCCAGAAGCCCAUUGCACUGCAGGAGGCGAUCGACAACGAAGAGCCUGCGACCGAGUUUGUAAUGCAAGCCUUCGGCAUGAUUCGUCUCAUUCUGCUCAAGAGGUGGGAGCUGCCUACGGUUGAGUUUUGGGGCAAGGUGGCAAGGGAAGGGCUGCUGGCCUUGCUGAUCUGUGUCAACUUUCUGCUUUCCUUCCUGCCGGUCGAAACAGGUCCUGGUUCGAAUGGUGUCAAGAUGGUGCCCCUCGGCAACAUGUUCAUCAAGAGCAAGGUGCAGGAGCAGGGUGAGCUGAAAAAAGACGACGUUUCCAUGCUCACGGAUUGGGCACCCAUGUUCUUCGGAAUAGAGAAGGACGUGACCAUGGACAUGGUGCAGGCUGCCAACAAGAGCCUGCUUCAGAACAAGGUGCUGAAGAUUCUGAACAAGCCUUCGGUGACACCGGAGGAUCUGAGUAAGCUUCGAGCCGAAGUGGACGAAUGGGAUCUGGAAGUGGCCAAAGACUUGGAGCUUUCCAGACCUCAGCUUCGGUCACUGUUCAGAGUAGAGGUCGCAUCGGUGGUCGAGGAUCCUGAUCUCAGCGACGAGCAGAAGGUGGAUGGCAUUGAAGCCUCCAGAGAGGCAUUUGGCCUCGCGGAGAAGGAGGCCAUGUCGGAGAUGCAAGAUUUGAUCAAGAGCCGAUGUCGAUCCUGCCUGGUCAACGCUUCGGGAGACUUGUUGCAGGAGAACGAGGCUGCUGCAGUUGAUCAGAUGCAAAGGUUGGAGUUGUUAGCGGCUUUUGGCCUGUCAACUGGUGUCGAGUUUCAGGAUGAUUGGGAAGUGGCGCCUGCCAUGAGGCAGAAGCUGGUGAAGACGUACGCGGCUGGCUCCAAAGGCCGAGCCCCGGACACCAGGAUGCUGGAGCGCGUGCUCAGCCUGGUCCAUGCCUGA